AUGGGUGGACAAUACAACGGGGGGCACAAAGUGCCAACCUUUGCUCCGAAUAGUGAAACUGAAUCACUAGGCUCUGGCUCUGAUUUUGGUUUGGCCAUGCCGCAGGGAUAUCAAGUCAAGACAUCUCCCAAUCGUCCAACCAAUCAAGCUGAUCAAAGACUUCUCAUGCUGGCCAAGCAUCCGAAUGCCACUAGUGGCGACAUUGAAAGUGCUAUGCAACAGCAGCAACAGAAGCAAAUGUUGCGAAAACAGCAGCAGCAGCAAUUGCAACAACAGCAACAACUUCAACAGCAACCGCAAUUACAGCAGCAGCAACAAUUUCAACAGCCCCAGAGGCCACAGCAGCAACAGGUAUCCUUUCAAACGGUACCUCCACAGCCAACGCCGGUGAGGCAUACCCCUAUUAGUCCUCCUCCUCAGUCGCAAGUUCAACAAGGGGGAUUUACAGAACCAUGGGAAGAAGCACCAGCACCCAAAAAGUCUGUAAUUGGAAAGUUUGUCUCGAAAAUCAAGCCGGAUGGUCCCAAAGAUGACGAGUCGAGGGACAAUAGUUAUGCCAACAAUACAUAUUCCAGUGAAAAGACCCGCAAGGUUUCCAAUAUCGAUGAAAAGGCCAGAGCGAAACGACUGAAAGAAGAGGCCAAGAAACAAAAGAAACAAGAAGCGGCCACUGAUGGAUCUCGUCCUUGUUGCUAUUGCCUCUACAAGACCAAGACUGGUCUGUUUAUAUCAUUUAUCAUUAUUGCCAUUCUAUUGGCUGCAAUCUUGACCAUGGCCUUAGGAUAUGGAGAUGAACUCUUUCAAAAGGACGCCGAGAUUCAAGAAGACUUUGACAAUGUGGACGAAGUCGAGACGUGGAUUCCCCGACCCAUUGAUAGCGUUGCGGAUACUGCCUUUCCAUCUCUUUCUCCUACAGUCGACGACUCGGACAAUGGAAAUUCAGGCAUUAUUCCCACGGAUGCCCCAGUCCCCACGCCGCCACCGACGACCAAGGAACCCACCACGGAACCAUCGACCAACCCAACAUUUGCCCCAGUAGUUGGUCCAACUCCCCGACCUACUCCCAACCCCACUCGAGUGCCCACUCGCAAUCCAACUCGGGCUCCUACCAAGGUACCCACCACCCAACCUUCCAAAGUCCCGACUAGUGCUCCAACGAAAAGGCCAACACAGUCACCCACAAGGACACCAUCAACGAGUCCAACGACUAGUCCCCCUACUAGCCGGCCAACCGAAUUGCCGUCCUCAUCUCCCACUUUGAUUCUUCGUGAUUUGGCGCCACUGGGUUCCCCUCUUGUCGGAACUGCCAGUGGACAACGAUUUGGAUAUUCCGUGUCAUUGUCCGAAGAUGGCAAUGUCAUGGCAGUCGGGAUUCCCUUUGCGACUGCUUUGGGUGCCACACAAGCUGGAAUGGUUCAAGUCUACGAAUGGACUGCCAAUCGAUGGAAUGUUCGUGGUCCAGUCCUCACGGGCCGUAACACGGAAGACAAAUUUGGUAGUGCCAUUACCAUGAGUGAAGAUGGAAGCUUACUGGUAGUCUCGGAACCCAACUUUGAAGGCAGUGCUGGGACCAAUGCUGGCAAUGUCCGAACCUUUCGCUACAAUAGCAUCUCCAAGAAUUAUCUUCCGAUUGGAAGAGAACUCGAGGGACUUGCUGCGGCGGAUCGCUUUGGCAUUUCCGUCAGCAUGAACAAGAGCGGCACUCGAUUAGUGGUUGGUGCUCCAUAUCACGACAAUAGUGUCGACGAUCGACGUUUGGUUUCGGGAGAAGUGCAAACAUAUGCAUUGGUCAAUGAAACUUGGGAACCCAUCGCCUCACCAUUGGGGGGAGAAGCCCAUUUUGAUUGGUUUGGCUGGAAGGUCGAUCUGAACGAUGACGGAGAUCUUUUAUGCGUCGGAGCACCACGCAACCUUGAAUUUGGUGGAUACGUCACGUGCUAUGAAUUUGCUAGUGGUAGCUGGAACCGAUUGGGCAAUGUGAUACGGAACUUUACGCCUACACGUUACGAUGACAAUUUUGGACACUCUCUUCGUGUCAAUGGAAAUCGUGUGGCUAUUGGAGUACCUGGACGAAAUCACGAUAUCCGUACUCAAGAUUCUGGAUUGGUUGUCGUCUACGAAUACGACUCGGCGACGAGGUCAUGGAAGCGUUUGGGAGAUACAGUCAAGUUUUCGGAUCCUAGCCGUAGUGACCAAAUGGGAUUCUCAGUUGAUCUGGAAGGCAAUACCCUUGCUGUGGGCUCUCCAGGAAGAAAUUCCCGUGGUCAAGUGGAUUUGUACUACUACAACCCGGCCACGAAUGAGUGGGAAGCCAAUCCAAGUCCUCUAGCGGGAAGCGGUGGUUCCACAUUCGGAUUCUCUGUGGCCAUGACGAGGUACCUGGCUGUUGGCAGUGCUGCCAGCAACGGACAAAACACCGGACAAGUCAAUGUCUACCGACAGAUCUAG